GUGGUUCUAGAGAGGGCGGGUCCGCGCACGCGCUGCCUUUGGGUUUGGGGGUUCCGGAAUUGUGACUCUGAGAAAUGAGAUGGAGAAGUACGAGCGGAUCCGAGUGGUGGGCAGAGGUGCCUUCGGGAUUGUUCAUCUGUGCUUGCGCAAAGCUGACCAGAAGCUGGUGAUCAUCAAGCAGAUCCCUGUGGAGCAGAUGACUAAGGAAGAGCGGCAGGCAGCCCAGAAUGAGUGCCAGGUGCUCAAGCUGCUUAACCAUCCCAACGUCAUUGAGUACUACGAGAACUUCCUGGAGGACAAGGCUCUCAUGAUCGCCAUGGAGUACGCACCAGGCGGCACCCUGGCCGAGUUCAUCCAGAAGCGCUGUAACUCCCUGCUGGAGGAGGAGACCAUCCUGCACUUCUUCGUGCAGAUCCUGCUGGCGCUGCAUCACGUCCACAGCCACCUCAUCCUGCACCGGGAUCUCAAAACCCAAAACAUCCUUCUCGAUAAACACCGCAUGGUCGUCAAGAUUGGCGACUUUGGCAUCUCCAAGAUCCUUAGCAGCAAGAGCAAGGCCUACACGGUGGUGGGUACUCCCUGCUACAUUUCCCCUGAACUGUGUGAGGGCAAGCCCUACAACCAGAAGAGUGACAUCUGGGCCCUGGGCUGUGUCCUCUAUGAGCUGGCCAGCCUCAAGAGGGCCUUCGAGGCUGCGAACCUGCCAGCGCUGGUACUGAAGAUCAUGAGCGGUACCUUCGCGCCCAUCUCUGACCGGUACAGCCCGGAGCUGCGCCAGCUGGUUCUGAGUCUGCUCAGCCUGGAACCUGCCCAGCGGCCGCCGCUCAGCCACAUCAUGGCGCAGCCGCUCUGCAUCCGGGCGCUUCUCAACCUGCACACGGACCUGGGCAGUGUCCGCAUGCGGAGGGCAGAGAAGCCCUUGGCCACUGGGCCACCCAUGACCCCGGGCAGUACAGGAAGCAGGACCACCAGCGCUCGGUGCAGAGGCGUCCCCCGGGGACCUGCACGGCCGGCCAUCCCGCCACCGCUGUCGUCGGUGUACACGUGGGGCGGCGGGCUCAGCGCGCCACUCCGGCUGCCCAUGCUCAACACGGAGGUGGUCCAGGUGGCAGCCGGGCGCACGCAGAAGGCCGGCGUCACUCGCUCCGGGCGCCUCAUCCUUUGGGAGGCCCCGCCCCUUGGCGCGGGAGGUGGCGCCCUCCUGCCGGGGGCGGUGGAGCAGCAGCAGCCCCAGUUCGUCUCCCGUUUCCUGGAGGGUCAGUCGGGUGUGACUAUCAAGCACGUGGCCUGCGGGGACCUCUUCACCGCCUGCCUGACUGACCGAGGCAUCAUCAUGACCUUUGGCAGUGGUAGCAACGGGUGCCUAGGCCAUGGCGGCCUCAAUGACAUCAGCCAGCCCACCAUCGUGGAGGCCCUGCUGGGCUAUGAGAUGGUGCAGGUGGCUUGUGGGGCCUCUCAUGUGCUGGCCUUGUCCACUGAGCGAGAACUAUUUGCUUGGGGCCGCGGAGAUGGUGGUCGGCUGGGACUAGGCACCAGGGAGUCCCACAGCUGCCCCCAGCAGGUACCCAUGCCCCCAGGACAGGAAGCCCAGAGGGUUAUAUGUGGCAUUGACUCCUCUGUGAUCCUCACAGUGCCUGGCCAAGCCCUGGCCUGUGGGAGCAACAGGUUCAACAAGCUGGGCCUGGACCACCUCUCCCUAGGGGAGGAGUCUGCCCUACACCAGCAAGUGGAGGAGGCCCUGAACUUCACUCCAUUAGGUUCUGCACCCCUGGACCAGGAGCCCCUGCUGAGUGUGGAUUUGGGCACUGCUCAUUCAGCAGCUGUAACUGCCUCUGGUGACUGCUACACUUUCGGCAGCAAUCAGCAUGGGCAGUUGGGUACCAGUGCUCGCCGGGUCAGCCGGGCACCCUGUCAAGUCCAGGGCCUCCAGGGCAUCAAGAUAGCGAUGGUGGCCUGUGGGGAUGCCUUCACUGUUGCCAUUGGGGCAGAAGGUGAAGUGUACUCCUGGGGCAAAGGGGCCCGAGGUCGCCUGGGAAGGAGAGAUGAGGACGCUGCACUCCCUAGGCCAGUGCAGCUGGAUGAGACCCAGCCCUACACGGUGACCUCUGUGUCCUGUUGCCAUGGCAACACUCUCCUGGCUAUCCGCCCUGUCACGGAUGAGCCAGUCCCCCCUUGACACACCUGGAUACACUGCUGGGCUACCCUGAUAUUGCUUCUCCUGUGAAUGGUCUUGAAAAGUGCAGGCGCCACACUGGAUUGUAUCAUCAAUGGGGUAUAAGGACCAGUAAAACCCCUGCUCUGCUUUUGGCUCUGGA